AUGACCCGCCGACAUGUCCUUCUUGUUUCUCGACACGACUACGGCCAUCUCAACCCAACUAUUGAGCUCGCCAAGAACUUCAGACUCGCCGGUGCACAAGUCACCGUUGCCACCACCGUCAGCGGCUUCAGCAAGCUCAAAUCUCUACCUUCCCUCGACGGUUUUUCUAUUGCUUCCUUCUCCGACGGCCAUGACGAUGAUAUCAACGCAGCCAAGGUCCCCGGCUACAUCCAUGACCUAAGGCGUGUGGGCUCGGAGAGUCUUGCAGGUCUUAUUCGAACUUUUUCAGAAAGCGGCAAUCAGGUAACCUUGCUAGUCUACACCCUCUUCCUACCUUGGGUGGCGAUGGUGGCGCGUGAGGUCAACGUGCCGUCUACUAUCCUCCUCAUCCAAUCCGCGACUUGUUUUUCGAUUUAUAACCAUUUCUGCAACCGUCGUGAUGGUAUUGUCGUUGUCAGCAAAGAUAUUGGAACCUCGAUAUCUCUACAAUUGCCAGGAGUGCCUUUGUUGAAAUGGAGUGAUUUUCCGACGUUUGUGUUGCCCACUAGUCCGUAUUUUUCAGAUAUGGUUUCUGUUUGUCAAGAACACCUGAAAUUUCUUGAGGAAGAUCCAAAUCCACGCGUACUUGUGAACACUAUGAAAGGAUUAGAGCCUGAUUCUAUACAGUCCAUCGCCAACGCCGUUGUUGUUGGCCCACUGGUUUCGUCUUCUUUCACCGGCGAUCAGGGUUCGUAUUUUCAAUGGCUAGAUUCAAAACCAGAAAACUCGGUGAUAUACGUUUCAUAUGGGAGCACGGCGGUGCUAAGCAGAGGUCAAAAGGAAGAGUUACUGCGUGGAUUAAUGGAAUCAUGCCGGCCAUUUUUGUUGGUUUUACGUGACGAUGGUGAAGAGGAAGACGAAGAGAUAAAGGAAUUGAAGGAGAAAAUAGGAGACGAUGGGUUGGUAGUGGGGUGGUGUUCACAAACAGAGGUUCUGAGACACAGUGCUGUUGGGUGUUUUGUGACGCAUUGUGGGUGGAAUUCCACAUUGGAGAGUAUGGUGGCCGGAGUGGCAGUUGUGGCGUGUCCACAGUUUGCCGAUCAGACAACGAAUGCAAAGAUGGUGGAGGAGGUGUGGGGGAAUGGCGUUAGAGCGGUGGUGGAUGAGAAAAUGGUGGUGAGUAGAGAAGAGAUUAAGAGGUGUUUGGAAGUGGUGAUGGGAGGCGGCGAUACGGCGGAAGAAAUAAAGAAGUGUGUUGAGAAUUGGAAAAAGGUUGCCAUGGAAUCGGUCAAAGAUGGUGAUUCUUUAGAGAUAAAUCUAAAACUAUUUUUGGAAAGCAUUUCAUAA